UACAUUAUUGUGAAGCUUAGCAUGGAAGAAACAUAGGACUUCAGGCCCCCAACCCAUCUGAGCUAUUCCCUAGACCCAUUUGCUGAGUUGAAACCUCCAUCUGCGCGGCUCAAGUUUACAAAGUUUAUCAUGCAAGGAGUAGUAAGAGGGCAUAGAUCUACAUCUGUACCCAAGAAGUAUUUACCAGAAGAAGAGAAAUCAAUUCAUUUGGUUUUUUUCUAUGAUGUGGUGAUAGACAGCAAGUCAUGGAUCUACCGUCUACAUGAGCCUGAACAGUGUCUAGACGCCACGCAUGUUCAAGUAAUAUGCUUCUAUCUCCGUAUGAAAGCAGCUACGUAUCCAUACCCUGAAACGUUCUCCACUUGUGACACAUACAUCCCUGAUUAUUUGAAUAAGCUGUAUGAUAAAUACAAGGCAGGUACUGUUCAUCCUAAAGAUUCGCCCUCUGAUGGUUAUUUAGUGGAAGAAAUAGCAGGUGCAGAGGAACUCUACAUGCCACCAUUCUGGGAGUGUGAUCAUGUUUACAUACCUUUAAAUCUCUCUCAAACGCACUGGUGUUUGGUUGUUUUGGAUAUUCACAAUCACUGUUUGUGUGACACCCCGAAAAAUUGAAAUAAAAUAAAUAAAUUUUAUUAGUGAUAUAAAAUGUUACGAGAGUCACAUUUUAAUAAUUAAGGAAAUCAGAUAAAUUUUUAACACCGGUGACAUUUUUAAUCAGAUAAAAAUGUUUCAAUAAUAAAAGUGUCAUUUUAAAUUUUAAUUCAAAGAUAUCAAUUAAUAAGAUUUGUACCGUAAAACAAAGUUGCCUUUCGAACCGAACAAAGAUAUAUCAGUUAAUAAUAUGUACAUUACUAUAUAUACUCACUCGGCAUAAGAUAAUUCAUGUGUACAUUGGAUAAUGUGACAUGCAUGCCUAUUAUUAGUGCUAGUAGGUGAAUGCCAUGUGAUAUAACCCAAGUAUGCUCAGAGACCACAUGUAAGUGUCCUCCAUAUGCACCUGUCUUCCUCUCCUCAUCAUGCAUACCAAUAAUAAUACACCGCAUAUACAUGCAUAACAAUAAUUAGAGGAACAAUACUGCCAUACUCACCAAUGAGCAGGGAGUAUGAACCUGCGAGCAAGCUGCGGAAGAAGCCACGAAAAUACACACCUAUGACCUACCUAUAUAUAUACCUCCAAGGCUCGAACAACGUAACUAGCUACCUGCGCUUAUAUACGUAACAUAUAGAAACACACACACUCCUACGAAGUAUAUACGAAUUAAACAUGUGUGCCGGACUGCCGGAGGAUCGGUGGAGGGCACAAGGCCACAGCCGUCGCCAAACCACCGCCUCCAUAGCCAGGCCGCAAAGUCUCCGGGAAAUUGUGGGAAGAUGCUGCUGCUUUCCACCGGACCUCCUUCCCGUGUUCCGCCCUUUUCGCCGGUAAAGAGACCUGCUGCUCUGGAUUAACGGAGGAAGAGUUACCAGUCUAUUUCGCCGGACUACAUCUCCACCAGACUGCUUGCUGUUGAUGUCGAGAAGUCCAGAAGGGAAGAACGAACGCUGGAGUGCCGCUGCAAAAAGCUGAAACCGGACAGCCCCUACGCCGCGCGAAUAACUAACUGCCGGACCAAGCCGCUAAGCAAGCCUCCAUCACGCCGCCGCCGGAGGAAGAGAGACCUGGGAGGAACAUCUCUGGCGAGCAAGCUUUGUGCUCACCCUACUGUGUGGGUCGAACGAGGACGACGACAAAGGAGUACGGCAUACAGUGAUUAUUUAGAGACAUGAACAGAGGAAGUGAAUUAGGAGCAUCAUUUCCGAGGUAAGUUUCUCUGCCGAUCCAAAAUGGUUUUCUCGUAUUAUAUAUGUUAUUACGUGUUUAAAGUGUGAAUUUUGAAUAUGCAUUAUUUGAAGUGUCAUUAAAUUUAUAUGGGAUAUUUAAUUAAGUAUUUUUUUUAAUCACCAUUGAGAAUGAUUGGAGACUUGAGACAUAUUCUGUGUUAUGUGAUUAUUAUGUGCUAUGUGAUUAUGUUUUGAGUUUUUGAAUUAUUUAUAAGUGCUAUUUAAAGAGAUAUUAAAUCUAUAGUAUUUGAGAAAUACAAAUUAUGUACUUUUGGGGUAUUAAAUAUUUUUAAAUACCUUUUUGACUAUUUAGAGAGUUUGGAAAAUAUUUUGAAGUAUAUCUUGAUACAAGAUGAAAAUUAACAUUUUCAUAAGAGGUGAGCACCCCGGGAGAAAUCCGUGGUGUCGGUUUUUCACAUCCGGAUAAAUGUGGAGGAUGGUUAGGGCUACUACUACUUGAAGAGAACAAGUUUAGUAGUCGUUUCGAUUCAAGAGAAAGUGGUGGGAACCGGAUUCCGGGAUGAGUUCGUAGAUAACAACGACUCAUUGGGCUUCGGGCAUAAGUAUCCGAAAGUACCGCCCAUCUUAAAAGAAAGUAGGAGAUUUUGAUUUUGGAAAGAGGAAGAGUUACUAUAUUAUUUUCAAAGAAAAGUUGAGGACUUUAGUAAAGAAGUGAUUUUGAGAAAUACCAAAGAGAAAAGAAUUUUGGUGGAGUGUGUCAUUUUUAUAUAGUAUUAUAUGAAAAACUAUUUUUCGCCAAACCUGAUUAUUUUACGGGGUUGGGUAGUACUUACUUAGCUCUAAAGCUAAUUUUUGUUUUCUUUCCCCUUGUUUUGUUUUCUGCACUUUAUUUGUGCAGGUAAUGAUGACUAUGUUGAUUGAUGAUUGCAUGCGCCUGAGAGCGACGUAGAAGAUGCCUUAGUCAAACCUAGUCAAGAAUAAACACUUUAGUCACGUUGAACACUUGUUUUACUCUAUUUUGUUUUGAAAUAGCCUGUGCAUUCGGUUAAGAGAUGACCGGAUGUGGCGGUAACACCCAUUUCCCAAUUAAUGUUAUUUCCGCUGCAAAACUUUUUAUCUGUUUUGAAAGAAUAAAUCAAGUCUAUUGUUAAUAAAUCUAUUAUUUCAAGUAUUAUUUUGGGAGGGAAAAUGGGGGUGUUACAAAUUGGUAUCAGAGCCUUUGAUUUUUUAAAAUGGGGUUUCCAAACAUUUUCUAAGAUUAUCUUAAACUCUCUUUAUUUUAGUGAUACCAACAAAUUGGUAUCAGAGCAAUGGUUUUGGAGCAUUUUUCAAUGUGUUUUUUUUCCAAAAAGAUUUCUAAACAAAUUUUUCAAAGGUUUUCUAAUGUUUCUUAAAUUUCUUUAAGUAAUACCAACGAAUUGGUAUUAGAUAUUACGAUUUUCAAAUUAGGGAUUUUCAGGUAAAUGUUUUCCUUAAGUGACUAUGAUUUUCAGAAAGAUUUUCUAACAUUUUUUUUUGAAAUCUCCAAUAAGUGAUACCAACAAGUUUGUAUCAAAGCUUUUAUUUUCAAAAACAAAAUUUGAAAAUUUCCAAUUAAGAAGUGUUCUCAAUGUUUCUCCAAGAGCUAAUACCGAUUUUUUUUUAUUAAAUGCUUUUCAAUAAAAAGAAACUUAGGAAUAAUAAAUCGGAUAAAGAAAUAAUAAGAUUAGGAUCGAGUGAGCUUGUGAGAUUUUUAUUUUUGCAUGGAUUAUCAUUAUUAUUUAUAAUUCCUUUAAAUAGGCCUAUGUGCACAUUGUACGUAUGUGUGAUGUGUUUGGUUUUGAAGAAUAGAGUAUAGGAUAAUGCUUCGGGACGAAACAUCUUUUAAGGAGGGUAGAUUGUGAUACUCCAAAAAUUUAAUAAAAAGAACUUAUUAUUAACUACUCCGUAAGAUGUAAUAUCUGCUAGUUGUACUUACGGAUAUUUUCUUAGCUUAUGCUUCGGGACGAAGCAUCUUUUAAGGAGGGUAGAAUGUGACACCCCGAAAAAUUGAAAUAAAAUAAAUAAAUUUUAUUAGUGAUAUAAAAUGUUACGAGAGUCACAUUUUAAUAAUUAAGGAAAUCAGAUAAAUUUUUAACACCGGUGACAUUUUUAAUCAGAUAAAAAUGUUUCAAUAAUAAAAGUGUCAUUUUAAAUUUUAAUUCAAAGAUAUCAAUUAAUAAGAUUUGUACCGUAAAACAAAGUUGCCUUUCGAACCGAACAAAGAUAUAUCAGUUAAUAAUAUGUACAUUACUAUAUAUACUCACUCGGCAUAAGAUAAUUCAUGUGUACAUUGGAUAAUGUGACAUGCAUGCCUAUUAUUAGUGCUAGUAGGUGAAUGCCAUGUGAUAUACCCCAAGUAUGCUCAGAGACCACAUGUAAGUGUCCUCCAUAUGCACCUGUCUUCCUCUCCUCAUCAUGCAUACCAAUAAUAAUACACCGCAUAUACAUGCAUAACAAUAAUUAGAGGAACAAUACUGCCAUACUCACCAAUGAGCAGGGAGUAUGAACCUGCGAGCAAGCUGCGGAAGAAGCCACGAAAAUACACACCUAUGACCUACCUAUAUAUAUACCUCCAAGGCUCGAACAACGUAACUAGCUACCUGCGCUUAUAUACGUAACAUAUAGAAACACACACACUCCUACGAAGUAUAUACGAAUUAAACAUGUGUGCCGGACUGCCGGAGGAUCGGUGGAGGGCACAAGGCCACAGCCGUCGCCAAACCACCGCCUCCAUAGCCAGGCCGCAAAGUCUCCGGGAAAUUGUGGGAAGAUGCUGCUGCUUUCCACCGGACCUCCUUCCCGUGUUCCGCCCUUUUCGCCGGUAAAGAGACCUGCUGCUCUGGAUUAACGGAGGAAGAGUUACCAGUCUAUUUCGCCGGACUACAUCUCCACCAGACUGCUUGCUGUUGAUGUCGAGAAGUCCAGAAGGGAAGAACGAACGCUGGAGUGCCGCUGCAAAAAGCUGAAACCGGACAGCCCCUACGCCGCGCGAAUAACUAACUGCCGGACCAAGCCGCUAAGCAAGCCUCCAUCACGCCGCCGCCGGAGGAAGAGAGACCUGGGAGGAACAUCUCUGGCGAGCAAGCUUUGUGCUCACCCUACUGUGUGGGUCGAACGAGGACGACGACAAAGGAGUACGGCAUACAGUGAUUAUUUAGAGACAUGAACAGAGGAAGUGAAUUAGGAGCAUCAUUUCCGAGGUAAUGAUGACUAUGUUGAUUGAUGAUUGCAUGCGCCUGAGAGCGACGUAGAAGAUGCCUUAGUCAAACCUAGUCAAGAAUAAACACUUUAGUCACGUUGAACACUUGUUUUACUCUAUUUUGUUUUGAAAUAGCCUGUGCAUUCGGUUAAGAGAUGACCGGAUGUGGCGGUAACACCCAUUUCCCAAUUAAUGUUAUUUCCGCUGCAAAACUUUUUAUCUGUUUUGAAAGAAUAAAUCAAGUCUAUUGUUAAUAAAUCUAUUAUUUCAAGUAUUAUUUUGGGAGGGAAAAUGGGGGUGUUACAGUUUGUCUAUCUACGACUCAAGCAUACGCCGUGCUACUAAGAAACCCAAGACUGUGGAGUACAUGCGUGGCCUGAUUCAUUACCUUCCAAAGGUUGUAGCUGCACUCAAGGCCCAUCACCAGAAAACAUCAUUCAAUGAUGCUCAAUCAUACAAAUUGGAAGUCAUUAAAGAUGUACCGCAACAGGAUAAUGGGGGAGAUUGUGGUAUCUUUAUGCUAAAGUUUGCGGAGCUUCUACAGAUGGGAAUUGAUGUCAAGAAGCUUUGUCCUUCCAAGAUUCCAGAGUAUCGGGCAAAGUGGGCUCACGACCUCUAUCUAUAUGGGGACCGAAAUAAGGACGAAGUGUAGCUCCCUAAGAUGCACAUCACACUUCAUUUUAUAUAAUGUCAAUCUGCCUAGUAUAACUUAUUUUUGAAUCAUCCCGCACUGUUUGCUGUUACUUUUGUUGCACUACUGUGCACCGUUCAACUUUGAUAUUUUUUGUGAUACUCUUUCAUUGAGCCAGUAUGAACAAGUAUUUAUAUGUUUAUGACAAUACUCGUUGCAAAUCAAUACAACAGUUGGG